AUGAUGGACUCCGUCUUCGGUCCGACCGUCCAGUGCGUGCUUAUCCAAAUGCCGGUGACCGAACGCCUCUUCAGCCUCUUGCUGGUUGCUUACCUCGCAUCCGCCUUGGUCGGCCGCCUUGAAUUGCUACUCACCGCAGCUAAGCUGCUGGCUCCCGGGAUUAGGCGCCGCUACGCAGAACGACUCGUCGACUGGUCAUAUCACCGGCAACUCGUGUGGAAGCGUGAAGAAUCUGGGAUUUCGGACCUUGAAAAAGGCGCUCGCUGGCAACAUCCAAUUCCUCCAGAUACUGCUCAGAUUACUACUUCAUCAUCCAUAAACUGGAAGAGGAAUAUGACCGCGACAUCGCCUCCGAUCUGCAUUUUCGUCGCGCUCAGA